CACACAGGUAGUUUCGACACUUUCUGUCCGGGCUGAUGUCAUUCUUUCCUUUGGACAUUUCAUCAAGAGAACUGUAAGAAAGGAAACAAACAGGCAAACGGAAUGAUGGGACUUCGGGUCAGUCUAACACAAAGUCUGAAUGCAUCAUCCUAACUGACAACAUUUUGAACAAGUCACUCCAGGACUGACUGCUGCGCCACAUUCCUGUAAAAACAAGCAGGAGAGCCUACCCUGCGCUCCCUUAUAAUGCAGAAAUUCUGCUUUAAAGUAUGAAUAUGACUGUGGAUGCAUUCAAAACCUGCUGAGAGGUUCUCAUUAAAAGAUGCAGCCAGGAGGUCCUCCUGCUCCCCCACCUCCACCACCACCUCCCCCUCCACCUCCGCCGCCACCUCCUCCUCCACCUCCAUCCCUACAUGGCCCGGGUCUCCUUGCAAGGUCAGAGCACCGGCGCUCCAGGAUGCGCAACUUCAACUGGGAGACCCUUCCCAAACACACGGUGAUAGGAAAGCACAAUAUCUGGACAGUGGAUAAGACCGAUGGGGAAUAUGAGCUGGACACUGAUCAUAUGGAGGAGCUGUUCAGCCACAAGCAGGCCCAGCAACAAAACAAAGCUGUAAACCGACAGAGUCUGAGGGGCAUGCCAACUUCCGCCACAGCAGGGGAAAUGGUUUCCAUCCUCAGCUCCAAGAGGAGCAUGAACAUCGGAAUUUUCUUGAAGCAAUUCAAGCGGCCUUUAAAAGACAUGAUUGAGGACGUCAAAUCAGGAAACGGUCUGGGUUUUGGUUCUGGAAAACUGCAGGAAUUAUGCAAGUUGCUGCCGGAUGAAGGGGAGGUGAAGCAGCUGGUUAAUUUCAAAGGCGACAGCGCUGCUCUCCCCGAAGCAGAUCUCUUUAUGCUAAUGUUGGUCAGGAUCACCUGCUAUGAGGAGCGUCUGAGCUGCUUGGUGCUGAAAGAGGAAUUUUUCCCGCUUACGGAUGAAGUAAAAGAAUUCAUCCGUACUUUGACUGCUGCUGGAAGGGAGCUGCUAGAUUGUGAUAAUCUUCACGCUGUCAUUCGCUUGGUCCUCAAGACUGGGAAUUACAUGAAUGCUGGUGGCUAUGCAGGCAAUGCAGUUGGCUUCAAAAUGUCUUCUCUGUUGAAGCUGGUGGAUACUAAAGCAAACAAACCUGGAAUGAAUCUCAUGCAUUAUGUCGUGAUGCAAGCUCAGAAGGUGGACAUGGCAUUACUUAAGUUUCCAGAACAGCUCAAACACAUUGAACCUGCAGCAAGAAUAAACCAAGGCGACAUUGAAGCAGAGUUUCGAAAACAGGUAAAGAAAGUGCAAGACGCCAAAGCAAACACCUUAAAGCAGGAAGACCUGAAGGCACAGAUGGAGGAUUUUCUAAAGGAAGCUGAGGUUUGCUUGAACGAAGUAGAGGCUGAUCUUCAGGAGCUGCAGUCAGUAAGCGACAGCGUGGCGCAGUACUUCUGUGAGGACUCCAAGAAUUUCAGACUGGAGGAGUGUUGCUCCAUUUUCAACUCCUUCUGUGAAAAGUUCUUGCGAGCCAUUCAGGAAAACAAGGCCAGAGAGAUUGCAGAGGUGAAACGGAGACACAGAGACAGACUGGAGAUCACAGCCAAGCGUAGGUCCACGGCUACCUGCUCCAGUAGAGAUAAGGAAAUGGAUAGCAUCGCAUUAGAAUCCCUGCUGCAAAACUUCGCCACCAAACGCAGCUCCAGGAGAAGAACGGGGAAGCCGUCUUCGACUCAUGGAAGCCCCCUGAGUGCCAGCCCUAAUUCUCAGAGCCUGUCGGAAAUCAUUUCUCAGGCAAACCUCCCCCCAACAAAUGAAAAGGUUAUAACCUCUCUUAGAGCUAAGGACAUGGGCAGAAAAGAGUGGAGUUCAGCAGCUGAGCUCAAUGAGAACUCCCUGAACUCACAGAAAUCCCAGCCAGACAUCGAGGGCAAAUUGGUAGAAAGCAAAAAUUCUAAUGAAGAAGAGAUGAACACUUCCAGAAAAGAGGACUCGAGAGGAUUUAGGAGCCCUGCCAAACGCAGGACUGCUAACAUUACGACCAGGAUUAGAUCUUUCGUUGAUGAGGAGGAGGAGGAAGAUCUGCAAGACAAUAAUGAGGAGGAGGCCCAAAAGCUGCGUGAAGCAUCUAAAAAGGUUUUGCGUUUUCAGAACAGCCGUGGCAGUGUCUCAUCCGGGGAGCACCCUCUGGAAAAUCAGAAAUCCCCCGGUCCAAGUACCACCAUGCGCCGUCAGCUCACAUUUGACGAGGAAACAGAUAGGUAUCCAGAUGACCCCACCAAUGAUGAUUUGCUUCAAGUUCUGCUCAAUCCUCAGCCCUCCCCAAAACGCAACCUUGGCCGCCGCCAUACGCUACCCACCAAAGUCCCUAAGACCGAGAAAGGGGAAGAUAAUCAGUGGGCUGAGCGGAAAGUCAAAACUCCGAAUCACGUGGUGCAAGAAAAGGGGACAGUGCCGGAGAGAGGGGGUGCUGGACACCCUGUUUCCAAACCGGUGUUUGAUUUUACUGACAUUUCUCACAACUUGAAACAAUCAGGUACUCAAGACCCGAUCUCCACAUCAGCAGAAAACAAAACGAAGCCGCCCAUCCCUUUGGCUCCUGUCACACAGCCCGCAAACAGCCACCUAGAAAGAAGUAGUGAAAAUGUUCCCGCAAACACCACCAAGCCUGUCGUGUUUAAAACUGAGACCACUGGACUGUUUUUUAGCUUUUUUAAACGCCUCGGAGAUAUGAGCAAACUGCAGAGCAGUAGGGAGAGCAAUAAGGCCACGGGCACUGGUGUUUAGUCUUUGGGAUGUAUUUCUACAUGUAUCAAAGAUAAUUUAUGUAAUUUUAAUGUUAAUUGCAAUUAACUCCAUAAGUUGCGAUAUUGACUGUCUCAUGAUGACUCAUUGAUAUUGUUAUAAUGCAGUAAUUUUUCCUUUUUUUUUUUUUUUUUUUGUAAAGAAAUUAGAGAAGGUUUUAAGCAAGUGUAGGUGGUCAGAGAAGGCACUUUGUAUGUUGUACCACUAGAUGGCAGAAUACAGUCAGCUUAAAGUGGAGGGGUUGCUUUUCAUGGGCACACUCGUGUUCGCAUUUUUAUCCAUAUGCAAUAAUAUUCUUUUGCCUGCAUUGUUCUCAAAAGUUGGAUACAUUUGUGAAUGGCUACAGUGUGUGUGAACUGUGGAAGGCCUGAAAUGCAAACCGCUGCAGAAGGUACUGAGGAAGUGUGAAGAUAAGAGCUUAGAGGCUGUGUUUAAAUCUUAGUUUGGUUGUUUGUUUUAUAUAUACUGCAAUUUGCCUGUAAUGCAUGUUAAAAUACAGUAUUGUUUUUUUU